AUGCGCCCCCCGCACCCCAGCUACCACCUGCCCUACCCCGAGGCCAUCUUCGAGAUCAGCUUCUUCAAGCAACACCCUGAGCCCUUCUUUGCCCUGGCGCGGGAGCUCUACCCAGGGCAGUUCAAGCCCACAGUGUGUCACUACUUCAUGCGGCUGCUGCAGGAGAAGGGACUGCUGCUGCGCUGCUACACCCAGAACAUCGACACGCUGGAGCGGGUGGCAGGGCUGGACCCCGAACUGCUGGUGGAGGCUCAUGGCACCUUCUUCACCUCCCACUGCCUGCGGCCCUCCUGCCGGCAGCCCUACAACCUCCAGUGGAUGAAGGAAAGGAUAUUUUCAUCCCUUGUCCCCAAAUGCGAGAAGUGCCAGAGCGUGGUGAAACCCGACAUUGUUUUUUUCGGGGAGAGUCUCCCAUCGCGCUUCUUCACUCUCCUGCAGUCGGUGAGUGGUUCUGGGGGGGCUGCUGUGACUGAUUUAAGCGCUCAAGCUAUCUGUACAAGAUGCUGUUUAUUUCGCUAAGGGAUCGAACUUAUAUAUGUUUCAACAAGGA